CAGCAGCAGACAGACGGCCAGCCAGCCAGCCAGCCAGCCAGCCAGCGAGCCAGCGAGCCAGACACACACAGAGAGCAAAGAGCAGGCAAUCAACAAGAGUAGCAGUAGCAGAGUGCCAGGGGCAAAGAUGCGUGCCCAAGUUUUAAGCAAUGUAAAGUGUAGGCUAACAGUAAAAUUGUAAAUUGUCGUUGUUUCGUAGCUUACAACAAAAAAAGCGAGCGCGCCCGCAAUACAAAGCAAAAGCAGCGAGCAUAGCAAUGGAGCGGUUCCAGCGCACCGGCACCGCGCUCCUCAUCCUCAUCAGCGUACUGUGCGCCCAACCGCAAGCCAAUCACAAUGUCCCGUCGAAGGGAAGCAACGCCACAGACCUUAGCAGUCGACUAGUUAGUCAAAUAGUUUUUAAUUCUACCCUCAACCACCUGGCGGUGGACAGAAGCACCGGAAGCGUUUACGUGGGAGCGGUGAACAAGCUGUACCAGAUAUCGAACGAACUGAACAUCCUGACGGUCGUGACGACCGGGCCGCAGAACGACUCGUACCAGUGCACGAUCCUGGAGUGCCCGGGCGGGGCGGUGAAGACGCCGAUGGACAACGUCAACAAGAUGCUGCUGAUCGACAGCAACGCGAAGAAUCUGAUCGUGUGCGGGUCGCUGUUCCAGGGCAUCUGCCACAUCCGCAACCUGCACAACAUCAGCAUCGUGGAGCAGGAGGUGCUGGAGGCGGUGGUCGCGAACACGGCGAACGCGAGCACGGUCGCGUUCAUCGCGCCCGGGCCGCCGCUCGCGUCCGCGGAGAACAACGUGCUGUACGUGGCGGUCACGUUCACCGGCAACUCGCCGUACCGCAGCGAAAUACCGGCGGUGUCGUCGCGCAGCCUCGCCCGGGACCGGCUGUUCCAGCUGGCGGCCAGUGCGGUCACGACCGGGACGCGCCUGUUCGUCAACAACUACGCGCGCGAAACGUACAUCAUCAACUACGUGUACGGGUUCAGCUCGGAGCGGUUCUCCUACUUCCUCACCACGCAGUACAAGAGCAGCUCGCACUACGCGUCGAAGGAGCGCAUCACGAAGCUGGUGCGCAUCUGCCAGGACGACUCGCACUACCAUUCGUACACGGAGAUCCCGGUGGACUGUACGAGCAAGGACGGCACCAAGUUCAAGACGGUGAGCGCGGCGUACGUCGGCAAGCCGGGCCACGAGCUCGCCCAAAGCCUCGAGAUCACCACGAACGACGACGUACUGUUCGCGGUGUUCGAUGCGCCGACCGCCAACAAGUCCGCCCUGUGCGUCUACUCGCUGAAGGCGAUCCGGAAGAAGUUCAUGCACAACAUCAAGAAGUGCUACAACGGGGAGGGGCUGCGCGGGCUGGACUACAUCUCGCAGAACAUGCCGUGCAUCGCGACCAAGCUGCAGACGAUCGGGGAGGAUUUCUGCGGGCUGGACGUGAACUCGCCACUGGGCGGCGAGCAGGCGGUCGCGUCCCUCGCCGUCAUCCUGUCGGAGGAGCGCAUGACGUCCGUGGCGGUGACGGCCACGUCCAACUUUACCGUCGUGUUCAUCGGCACCGAGACGGGCCAGCUGAAGAAGAUCGUGAUGGAGUCGUCCACCUCGGCGAUGCAGUACGCGAUGAUGAACGUCGAUCUCGGGUCGCCGAUCCAGCCGGACAUGUACCUCGAUCCGGAGCACGACGACCUGUACCUGAUGUCGCUGUACAAGCUGUUCAAGAUCCGCAUCUACGACUGCUCGGUGUACACCACGUGCCACGCCUGCCUGUCGGCGAAGGACCCGUUCUGCGGCUGGUGCUCGCUGGAGAACAAGUGCAGCCGGCGGUACGAGUGCCAGGACAGCUCGAAGGAUCCGCUGUCGUGGCUGAGCUACAAGUCGGGCAAGUGCACGACGAUCACGAGCGUGACGCCCCAUCAGCUGCAGCGCACGACCGCCCGCACGCUCGAGCUGAUCAUCGAGAAUCUGCCGAACCUGAAGGAGCCGCUCGUGUGCGCGUUCACGUUCGCCAGCAUGGAGAAGCCGAUCAUCACGAACGCGACCAAGAAGCGCAACGGCGUGAACUGUACGACCCCGCGGACGGACCUGCUGCCGCAGAUUGGAUACGGCGAAAACCACUUUAACGCGACACUGUCAAUCAAAACGUCCCAGGGGCCGGACAUCGUGUCGACCACGUUCACCUUCUUCGACUGCAGCACCCACCUGUCCUGCACGCAGUGCGUGUCGUCCAAGUUCCCGUGCGACUGGUGCGUGGAGGCGCACCGCUGCACGCACGAUACGGCGGAAAACUGCCGCAACGAUAUCCUGGUGACGGGCAUUAGCCGCAUCGGGCCGAGCUACCGGUCCGGGCCCGGCUUCUGCCCGACCAUCAACGUCACCGGCGACGGGUCGGAGAUUCUCGUGCCCGCCGGCUCGAAAAAGUCCGUCCGGGUGAAGGUGCACAUCAUCGGGCAGUUCAUCGUGCAGACGCGCUUCGUCUGCCAGUUCAACGUGGAGGGCCGGGUGACGAGCGUCAACGCGCAGCUGCUGGGCGACACGAUCUACUGCGACGAGAUGGAGUUCACGUACACGGCCAAGACGUCCAAGCUGAACGCCACGUUUGCGGUCAUCUGGGGCGGCUCGAAACCGCUGGACAAUCCGAACAAUAUUCACGUCGUGAUCUACCGCUGCCGGGACAUGUCGGACAGCUGCGGCGUUUGUCUGGCGCUCGAGGAGAAGUACAAGUGCGGCUGGUGCUCGUCCUCCAACACGUGCGAGGUGGAGGACCAGUGCGGCAUCUCGGGCAAGGUCGAGGGCCAGAACAAAACCGACUGGCUGAACAAUCAGCAGACCUGCCCGAACCCGGAAAUCCACUCGUUCGACCCGAAGACGGGCCCGUGGGAGGGCGGCACCAACAUCACGAUACGCGGCAUCAAUCUCGGCAAAAAGUUCGAGGACGUGUACGGGGGCAUCAAGAUCGCCGGCAUCGACUGCAUGCCGUUCCGCGAGCUGUACGUGCAGACGAAGGAGAUCGUGUGCAGCGUGGACGGGCCGGGCGUCAAGUCGCACCGGUCGGGCCGGGUCGUGGUGCAGAUAUCGGACUUCCGCGGCGAGUCGGCGAACGAUUUCGAGUUCGUCGAUCCGGAGAUCGAAAACUUCGAGCCGAAGCACGGGCCGAUCUCGGGCGGCACCACGAUCAAGAUUAUGGGCCGGUACCUGAACACGGGCAGCCGGGUGCGCGCUUUCCUCGAGCAGCACCCGUGCGAGAUACUGAGCACGAACGAUAGGGAGGCGACGUGCCGGACGACGGCGGUGCCGAGCCCGAUGCAGGGCAAGCUGAAGAUGGUGUUCGACAAUGGGGUGCGCGAGCUGAACGGCGACCUGUUCGAGUACGUGCCGGAUCCGUGGAUCGAGCUGGUGUCGUCCGGCGAGAGCAAAACGGCUAAAGGGAUUCCGGCCGGCGGCAUCAAGAUGGCGGUGCACGGUCGCAACUUUGGCUCGAUACAGCGGCCCCAGAUCUACGUGUACUACAACGGGCAGAUAUCGCUGAACGAGUGCAACAUCAUCAACCCGCAGCUGAUGGAGUGCUACUCGCCCAAGAUCGACCUGCAGGACGAGGACCCGUUCGGCGACUCGGACGAUCCGAUCAACCUCGAGUACGGCUUCAUCAUGAACGACGUGAUGAGCGUGCGCAACCUGUCCUCCCAGUGGGGCAGCUACUUCGAGCUGUACCCGAACCCGACCUACCAGCCGUUCGACGAGGUGAAGUACUUCAACAGCGAGUACCUGAACAUCAACGGGCGCAACAUCGACCGGGCGUGCAAGUACAGCGACGUGGUGGUCAAGAUCGGGGACAACGCGAUCUGCAACAUUACGUCGAUGUCGCGCCAGCAGGUCACCUGCCUGCCGCCGAAGAACCCGGACGCGAAGAAGGUGCACGUGAAGGUGAUCGUGGGCAACUCGCUGCAGUUCGACAUCGGCUACAUGGUGUACACGUCCGCGGGCAUACUGCCCAGCUUCAGCAGCAAGGCGGUCACGCUCGGCGUGAUCGUGGCGAUCGCGCUCUUCUUCUUCGUGAUCGUCGCGCUGGUGAUUGCGUACCGCAAGAAGACGAGCGAGAACAACCGCGUGCUGAAGAACAUGCAGGAGCAGAUGGACAUACUGGAGCUGCGGGUCGCGGCGGAGUGCAAGGAAGCGUUCGCGGAGCUGCAGACGGAGAUGACGGAUCUGGGCGGCGACAUUACGUCCGGCGGCAUACCGUACCUGGACUACCGGACGUACGCGAUGAAGAUCCUGUUCCCGAACCACGACGACCACGUGGUGCUGCAGUGGGAGAAGCCGGAGCUGCUGCGCAAGGAGAAGGGCCUGCGGCUGUUCGGCCAGCUGGUGAUGAACAAAACCUUCCUGCUGCUGUUCAUCCGGACGCUCGAGAGCAAUCGGUACUUCUCGAUGCGCGAGCGCGUGAACGUGGCCUCGCUGAUCAUGGUGACGCUCCAGAGCAAGCUGGAGUACUGCACCGACAUCCUGAAGACGCUGCUGGCCGAGCUGAUCGAGAAGUGCAUCGAUGGCAAGUCGCACCCGAAGCUGCUGCUGCGCCGCACCGAGUCGGUCGCGGAGAAGAUGCUGUCCGCCUGGUUCACCUUUCUGCUGUACAAGUUCCUGAAGGAGUGCGCCGGCGAACCGCUGUACAUGCUGUUCCGCGCGGUCAAGGGCCAGAUCGACAAGGGGCCGGUCGACGCGAUCACGCACGAGGCGCGCUACUCGCUCAGCGAGGAGAAGCUGAUCCGGCAGAUGAUCGAGUUCAAGGUGAUCACGGUGUACGCGAGCAUCACGCAGCCGCCGAUCCUGUGCAACAACAUCGAGAUGAUACCGACCAACACAGAGAACAUUCCGGUGAAGGUGCUCGACUGCGACAGCAUCGGGCAGGUGAAGGAGAAGUGUCUCGACACGAUCUACAAGGCGAUCCCGUGGAGCCAGCGGCCCCGCAAGGAGGAUCUCGAUCUCGAGUGGCGCACGGGCGCGUCCGGCCGCCUCAUCCUGUACGACGAGGACUCGACCUCGAAGACGGACGGCGAGUGGAAGAAGCUGAACACGCUGCACCACUACCGCGUGAGCGAGGGCUCCUGCCUCAGCCUGGUGCCGAAGGAGAGCUCGAUCUACAACAUCACGCUGCUCGGCGAGAAGUACUCGGAGAAGAUCCACAAGUACGAAACACUAAACAUAUCGAAGUUCGUGUCGCCGUCGCCCCCGUUCAGCCGCGCCGGCAGCCCGAUGAACGUGGACCUGCAGGAGAACAGCCUCAAGUACUGGCACCUGGUGAAGCACCAUGACAGCGACGGCUCCAAGGAGGGCGAGCGCGUCAACAAGAUGGUUUCGGAGAUCUACCUAACGCGACUGUUAGCCACCAAGGGUACACUCCAGAAGUUUGUCGACGACCUGUUCGAAACCAUCUUCAGUACCGCACACCGUGGCUCCGCACUGCCCUUAGCAAUAAAGUAUAUGUUUGAUUUUCUAGAUGAUCAAGCACUUUUACAUGGUAUUACCGACCCGGAGGUUGUGCACACCUGGAAAAGUAACAGUUUACCGUUACGAUUCUGGGUAAAUCUGAUAAAGAAUCCUAACUUUGUGUUUGACAUUCAUAAGUCCAACAUCGUGGACUCUUGCCUUUCGGUUGUGGCUCAAACCUUCAUGGACUCGUGUUCGACGUCGGAUCACAGGCUAGGGAAGGAUUCACCUAGCUCCAAACUGCUCUACGCCAAGGACAUUCCCUCGUACCGCGAAUGGGUGGAGCGUUACUAUAACGACAUCCGGGACAUGCCGGCAAUCUCCGACCAGGACAUGAACGCCAUGCUCGCGGAGGAGUCCAGGGUGAGUGUAAGCCUCCGAACGUUUCCAAGCCCACGCCACCUUUUGCCCCGCCGGAACACGCAACCCCUAACAUGUGCAUUCUCUUCCCCCCACCCCACCCCUUGCCUCUCUUUUAGUUGCACACGACCGAAUUUAAUACCAACUGCGCCCUACACGAGCUUUAUCAGUACGCAGUGAAAUACAACGAGCAACUGACUGUCACGCUGGAGGAGGACGAGUUUUCGCAGAAGCAGCGGCUGGCGUUCAAGCUGGAGCAGGUCCACAGUAUCAUGUCUGCGGAGUAAGUGUGUGUGUGUAUGUGUGUGUGUAUUGUUUUUGCACGCCCGCGGGCUCAUGGCGCGUCGGCAGUGCGAAGACAAAAUAAUAUAUGUAUAGAUGGUAAGCUACCUGUAUUGAUUUUUUUUUUUGUGAAAAAAGGGCGCAUCGUUCAGAAACUACACAAGCGAGAGAGAGAGAUAGAGAGACAGACAGACAUUCAUAAAAGAAAAAAAAAACAAAACACACGAAACAAAAACAAAACAAUAUUGUAUGCGAUAUUCAUGUUGUGAGCCCUUGGGGGAUAAAAAUGUGAAAAAAACAGGGGUAAGGGGUAGAUACAAAACACACAGGCACACACACACACACAGUCUUGCUGCAACAAAACAAGCACACAAAGGUACACACAUACACACGGUACAGUAACACGAAACAUUCAAAAGACUUUAAAAAAAACGCGAACAACAAAUUCACAAAUUCAAACACUAAUAUCGAUGUGCGGCGAGCGAAAAAAAAAACACACAAGCGUAUAGGAAAAACACGACACAAAACAAAGCAAAUCUCACACAUAGAAAUCAUCGCAAAAGCAUCCAUUUGUCUAAUACACCACCAGGGAAUUAUGUCAAAAGAUUAAGCAAAGCAGACUGAAUUAGAGCGAAGAGGAAGCGCGGGUAGGAGAGGCAGGACGAGAAUGAAACUCAUUGCAAAAAAAAACCAUUCGGAACACGGAAUAAAAAAAAACCCAGCACGACGAAACAAACGAUCCGAGAAGGGGAAGCAGGAGGCAAAAAUAUCAUGUUUUUAAGAAACGUCAUACAUCGCUUUUGAUUAAUUGUAAAACGAAACGCAGUGUGCAUGUGGCAAAACCGGAAGCGUAAACGGUGGGUAGGGUAGGUAGUACUCUUAGGUAUUGAAAAAAAAAAAACAACGGAGUACGCAAUAGGAGUGCGGAGUAUUUAGGGGUGGCGCCGGGAACUCUCGCGCAAACAGUAAUCUCAAGCGAAACGGUGCGGGGGAAGGGGGCAUUUGCGUAGUGAUGGGGUGGGUAGGUACGAGGAACCGUGUAGGAAUCGGUUGGGCGUAAUCGGCACCCCGCUCCCGCGAACAAAGAAAAGAUGAGAUAACGAGAGACAUAGAGAGAGAGAGAGAGAGAGAGAGAGAAUGUGCAACCGAGCAAAGCAGAGAGAAAGAGAAAGUGUAUAUCUUAGGCAUUUGUGCAGCCAAACAAAGCAAACAAACAAAACAAAACAACAACAAAAAAAAACCCACACUUCUAAUCAUGUGUCCAGCGAAACGAUAACAAACUGCAGUCCGACCCGCAAAACGCUUCUUGCGGCUAUACAUAUAUAUAAAUAUAUAUAUAUACACAUACUACAUACCCGUCGCUAGUCCGGGUUCUUUCCGGCGUGUGCAUUCUCGGAGCGAACAAAAGAAAAAAAAACGCUAAAGGAAGCAACAAACAAACAAACAAACGAGAAAAAAAGCAAAAAAAAAAAAAAGAAUCCAGUCCUGAAUGUCAUUUCCAACAAACGGUGUACCGUAUAGCUCAAGAAAACGAAAAACAAAAAGAAAAAAAAAGUCUAAAUGUAAUAAAAAUGACAACUGUGUAAUUGAUGUGUUAUAAGUUAUUACUAAAAUAUAAGCCGAUGAUUUUAUUAGUAAAA